AUCUGGAUUUAAGGAGUUUCGCGCCCCAGCGACAGUUUCCAAGGCUCCACAGUCCAAGUACAACGCAGAUCGGGGCAAGUUUAACAAGCCCGGUUUCCCAAAAAACUAGGUCUUGCAGAAGCUUCGGGAGGACAAGGUGGACAUUGCCCUUCUAAUCGCUCCUUUGUGGCGAGCCCAGCCAUGGUAUCCCAUGAUCCUUCAGUUACUUGUCGCCCCACCCCUUCUACUACCUCCGAACUCUCUCGUGGGACAUUCAAACCCAUUCCCAAACCUCAAGCUAACCGCCUGGAUUAUCUCAACAAAGGUUGGCGCUCAGCGGGCCUUUCGGAACACGCUUCCAGCCUCAUCGCCCUCUCUUGGCGAGAUGGAACCAACAAACAAUAUGAAUCGGCUUGGCAACAGUGGCUUCGCUGGUGUGAUUCACAAUCGCUUGAUCCCUUUGACUCGUGUAUUGUAAACGUGAUUAAUUUUCUUAGUGCUCAACAGGGUUUAGGAAAAUCCUACUCUACUAUUAAUUCUUAUCGUUCUGGCCUUUCUUCUGUACUACCACCAAUGGAAGGCUUUCCAGUUGGCAAGCAUCCCAUGGUAAUAAGAUUAUUGAAGGGGAUAUUUAAUGCAAACCCUCCUAAACCAAGGUACCAAAGCACGUGGGAAGUCUCCAGGGUUUUGGAUUAUUUGUGUUCAAUGGCAGAAAAUUAUCAACUUUCUUUGUUUCAUUUGAGUCAAAAACUUGUGUCGUUAGUCGCACUUGUUACAGCGCAACGUACACAGACUCUCAAUCAUUUAGAUAUCUCUUUCAUGCACAUUUCAGAUGAUCGUGCAGUUUUUCAGGUCAUGGAUGUCUUAAAAACGACUACUCCAAAAAAGGGUAUUGCUAAGCAAAUAGUUGAGCUUCCUUCUUUUCCUUCGAAUAAGAAGUUGUGUGUUUUGUUAACUCUUAAGGAAUAUCUUAAUCGUACCAAACCUCUUCGUGAAUGUCAUGGGGAAACGAAGCUCUUUAUUUCAACUAGAAAACCUCACAAAUCGGUAACCUCCAGUACUUUGGCAAGAUGGUUAAAAUUCUCUUUGUUUGCUUCAGGCAUUGACACAUCAGUAUUUUCGGCGCACAGUUUCAGGAGUGCCGCUACUUCUUCUGCUUUCGCUCAUGGGGUCACCUUGAAAGAAAUAAUGAAGAAAGCUGACUGGUCAAAUGCCCGAACAUUCAAAACCUUUUACCACAAACCCGUCGUUGAAGAUGGAACUUUCGCUUUUUCGGUUUUAGCUCAAGCUUCUUGAAAUUUAUGUUCUAUAUCAUGACAUUAUCACGAAAGAGGGCUCUAUGUUAAAUGAGAAGAAGGUUCGCUUCUCUUUGGUAAUCAAUUUUUGGUACAGUUCCAUUAAAGGAAAAUCCUAGGUUACUAGAGAGGUAUUUACAUGAUUCACGUGAUCGUAGUUUACUUUUAAGCAAGACUGAUUUAGUCAAGGAGAUCUGAGUAAUCCUUUUAUGCUUCAUUAUUUUUGAGGUUCGUGUUAUGAUUAAAAAUUUGAUACACCUGCAA